GUCACGCUUGAGUAAUCCGAGCUGCUGCGCGCUGUGGUGAAGCCCGGAGGAGGGUGAGGGGGGGGGGGGACGUCACUCCCUCUGGUAGCAAAGCAACAUUAGUCUUCCAUCCCUCUAACCAUCACUACAGCUUGGGAAACUGCCGGGUCACAUCCAUUUGCAUUGGAAAAUUGGCGAUGUUUGGUGGUAGAGAAACAGAUCGAUCACCCUUGUGAUUCCCCCUGCUCCUGUCCCUGCUUACCCCACCCCACCCAGCCUAGAGACAAUAGCAUCCGAGGUCCCCCAGAGGAAGGAGCGGGGAUGGAUCUGAUUCCAGUAGGAAAAGCGUGUGCCUAGAAGUGGUGCUAAUGGGAAGAGAUGCUGUGAUCCAGAGGAGGAUGAUUUGUCACAAAGGGUAGCUGGCUCAGUGCUUUGGGCUGGAGCCGUGUAGAGAUCAUUGAAGAAGUCAUUGUGCACAGGGAGCCGAAGAUCUAUACAAACAUGCCUGUUCGCAGAGGGCAUGUGGCACCACAAAAUACAUUUUUGGGUACAAUCAUACGAAAAUUUGAAGGGCAAAAUAAAAAAUUCAUCAUUGCUAAUGCUAGAGUGCAGAACUGUGCUAUCAUCUACUGCAAUGAUGGGUUUUGUGAGAUGACUGGAUUCUCCAGACCAGAUGUCAUGCAGAAACCUUGCACCUGUGAUUUCCUUCAUGGGCCAGAGACCAAAAGGCAUCACAUUGCUCAGAUUGCUCAGGCACUGCUUGGGUCAGAGGAGAGGAAAGUGGAAGUCACUUAUUAUCACAAAGAUGGGUCCACCUUCAUUUGCAACACCCACAUAAUCCCAGUGAAAAAUCAAGAAGGAGUAGCUAUGAUGUUUAUUAUUAACUUUGAGUAUGUAACAGAUGAUGAGAAUGUGGAGUCUCUAGAGAAGUUCAACCCGAUAUUGCCAGCCAGACUUGUAAACCAUGGCAACAACCUUUCAAGUGGCUCUUCUUCAGGCAAACUUUUUGGAUUCAAGUUACCUGGACUGAGACUCUUAACAUACAGAAAGCAGUCCUUACCACAGGAAGACCCUGAUGCAGUUGUAGUAGAUUCAUCUAAGCACAGUGAUGACUCAGUGGCUAUGAAGCGCUUUAAAUCCCCCACAAAAGAAAGCUGUAGCCCUUCUGAAGUGGAUGACACAAAAGCACUGAUACAGCCCAGCAAAUGUUCUCCUUUGGUUAAUAUAUCAGGACCUCUUGACCAUUCUUCACCUAAACGGCAAUGGGACCAACUUUACCCAGACACGCUGCAGACAAGUAAACCACUAACUCAUUCCAGAUCAAAGGAAAGCAUUUGUAGUAUAAGGAGAGCAUCUUCAGUACAUGAUAUAGAAGGAUUUAACGUCCAUCCUAAAAACGUUUUUAGGGAUCGUCAUGCAAGUGAAGACAAUGGUCGCAAUGUCAAAGUUUCACGCUCCUGGAUGGCAGGGGGGCCUUUCAAUCAUAUCAAGUCAAGUCUAUUGGGAUCCACAUCGGAUUCGAACCUCAACAAAUAUAGCACCAUCAACAAAAUUCCACAGCUCACUCUGAACUUUUCAGAUAUCAAAAAUGACAAAAAGUCUUCAUCGCCUCCUUCUUCAGAGAAAACAAUUAUUGCACCCAAGGUGAAAGAUCGAACGCACAAUGUAACAGAGAAGGUUACCCAGGUUCUAUCUUUAGGAGCAGAUGUUCUGCCAGAAUAUAAACUCCAGACACCUCGCAUCAACAAGUUUACUAUAUUGCACUACAGUCCUUUCAAAGCAGUCUGGGACUGGCUCAUCUUGUUGCUGGUGAUAUAUACUGCCAUAUUCACCCCUUACUCUGCGGCCUUCCUUCUGAACGAUAGCGAAGAACAGAAGAGACGAGUGUGUGGAUAUUCUUGCAGCCCACUGAAUGUGGUAGACUUAAUUGUGGAUAUUAUGUUUAUCAUUGACAUUCUAAUAAACUUCAGAACAACAUAUGUAAACCAGAAUGAAGAAGUGGUAAGUGACCCAGCAAAAAUAGCAAUUCACUACUUCAAAGGCUGGUUCCUAAUUGACAUGGUUGCUGCAAUACCUUUUGACCUGCUGAUUUUUGGAUCUGGCUCUGAUGAGACAACAACGUUAAUUGGUCUUCUGAAGACAGCUAGGCUGCUGCGUUUGGUGAGGGUUGCACGGAAAUUGGACAGAUAUUCAGAAUAUGGUGCUGCAGUUCUGAUGCUCCUUAUGUGCAUAUUUGCACUAAUUGCACACUGGCUUGCUUGCAUUUGGUAUGCCAUUGGGAAUGUAGAAAGGCCUUACUUGAUUAAAAAAAUCGGCUGGUUGGAUUCUCUAGGAGAACAAUUAGGAAAACCCUACAAUGUGACUGAUCAAAGCUCUGGACCAUCCAUCAAGGACAAAUAUGUUACUGCACUUUAUUUUACCUUCAGCAGUCUGACAAGCGUAGGGUUUGGAAAUGUAUCUCCUAACACCAACUCAGAGAAAAUCUUUUCCAUUUGUGUCAUGUUGAUUGGCUCAUUAAUGUAUGCGAGUAUUUUUGGAAAUGUAUCUGCAAUAAUCCAAAGACUGUAUUCGGGAACUGCACGGUAUCACAUGCAGAUGCUGCGAGUAAAAGAGUUUAUACGCUUUCAUCAAAUCCCCAACCCUUUGCGGCAGCGGCUCGAGGAGUACUUCCAGCAUGCGUGGACAUACACCAAUGGCAUUGACAUGAACAUGGUCCUAAAGGGGUUUCCAGAAUGCUUACAAGCUGACAUUUGUCUACACCUCAACCAAAACUUGCUUCAGAACUGCAAAGCUUUCCAGGGGGCCAGUAAAGGUUGUCUCCGAGCUUUAGCUAUGAAGUUUAAGACAACCCAUGCUCCUCCUGGUGACACCUUAGUCCACUGUGGUGAUGUUCUCACAGCUCUUUAUUUCCUGUCAAGAGGCUCCAUUGAAAUCCUCAAGAAUGACAUUGUUGUAGCCAUUCUUGGUAAAAAUGAUAUUUUUGGAGAGAUGGUACAUCUUUAUGCAAAACCAGGGAAAUCAAAUGCAGAUGUGAGAGCUUUAACCUACUGUGACUUGCAUAAGAUCCAGCGAGAAGACCUACUAGAGGUUUUGGAUAUGUAUCCUGAAUUUUCUGAUCUCUUUCUCACCAAUCUAGAACUGACUUUUAAUCUGAGACACGAAACUUCAAAGGUACAUACAGCUGAUCUCAUAAUAAGAUCACAAACCACUAAUGAUUCGGAUGGAGAUAACUGCAAACUUCGAAGAAGGAAAUUGUCCUUUGAAAGUGAAGUAGAGAAAGUCUAUGAUAAAGAAAACAAUCAGAAUGAUCCUGAAGACUCCGUGGAUAAUACUAGACAUUAUCAGUGUACCAAGAAACACUUUGAAGAGAAGAAAAGUGAGUCAUCAUCUUUGGUAUCAUCCAUUGAAGAUGAGCAGAAACCUCUCUUCUCUGAAAUAAUCAAUUACCAAUCAAUGAUAGGAAAAACUACAGGGCUGGACUUCGAAGAAGUGGUGCGUGCAACAGAAAGGAUCCAUAUUGACAAAAGAAGCCAUUCUUGCAGAGACAUCAAUGAUAAAAGAAACUGGGAGUGGGAAAACACUAAGGGGCACCAGGACGUCUCCAGACAGUCAGCAUUACCUCAUGUUACAUGGGGCAUCUGUGAAACUGAAAGUGAGCUGACCUAUGGGGAAGUGGAGCACCGGCUAGAUUUACUUCAAGAACAACUCAACAGGCUUGAAUCCCAAAUGACUGCUGACAUUCAAACCAUCCUGCAGCUUCUGCAGAGGCAGUCAACACUCAUUCCACCUGCAUAUAGUAUAGUGACUGCAAGUGCAGAAUAUCAACAGCCAGCUAUCCGGGUGAUGCAAAGCCUUCAUCCUGUAGUAUCUAUUAAAACAGAUAGAAGCUUCAGUCCUUCAUCACAGUGUCCUGAAUUUCUAGACCUUGAAAAAUCGAAACUUAAAUCCAAAGAAUCCCUCUCAAGUGGAGUGCAUCUUAACACGGCCUCAGAAGACAAUUUGGCUUCUUUUUUAGAACAAGAACAUGACCAGUCUUUAGAGUUUCACCCACAGCGUUAUAAAACUUAUCUUCAUUCCAUUAGGCAUCCUUCCUUGCCAGAUUCUUCCCUAAACACUAUAGGAAUCUUGGGUCUUCAUAGGCAUGUUUCUGAUCCUGGUCUUCCUGGGAAAUAAUCCUUUUAUACUAUUACUUCACAUAAAAUGUAAGUGCUUUUAAUGGCUGUUUUCCUUUUUUUUUUUUUUUUUUUUUUUUUAUUUAAAUCCUCUAUACUUGACUCAGGGGCUACAAGGAUAUACCAUUAUAUGCAAAAGUACUGUAUAUUUUCCUAAAUUUGAAGCUUGUAAGGUAAAGUUGAGCAGUUACGAUGUAAAUAUAUAUAUAUAUAUAUAUAUAUAUAUAAAAACUGUAUGUUCCAAAUGUAAAACUGCCAGCAUUCUCAAGGCACCUUAUAUUUUUUAAUUUUUUUAAAACACAUGCAUGUUCUGAAAUUACAAUUUAUGUUGCAUGGAAAUUACCAUUUACUGCUUUCACUGAAAUGGUACUUUCUUGUGGAUAAGCCUUCAAAGCAAAUAAGAGACCAGGUGAUGAUGAUAAUCCACACGGUCGUAACUCAUACUUCGCUGAGCUCUUUUAGUUCAAACCGAAACCUUCUUCCAACUCACAUUUGAAAAGAUACAAUUAUCCUUCUUGUACUGAGCAUUUUACAGUCAAUAGCCAUCAUUCUGCUGCUUAGAGAAAGAAUAAGAGAACAAUGUCUACCAGGUUCUAAAACAUUAAGAUAUAGUACAGAAAGCAGCCGCUUCAAAGCAAAUUGAAGUAGGUCACUAUUUUAACAGGCAGAACAACAGUACUACACAAUGGGAAAGUACUGUCACUGAUUGCAUCUUCAAGACCAUGCUAACUGAAUAAUUUAUCGGAUUUUUAUUUAGGAUUUUUAUUUUUAUCCUCAUCAUGACUAAAAGGUUGGCUGUCAUAAACAGGCAGGUAGUUCUCAUCUGUCACCCAAACAUAAUCAAAUGCAAUAAAUAUAAUUUCUAUGUAAUACAGAAGACUGUGUUCCUUUUGUUCAGUGCAAACUACUAACAAGCUGUAUAAUUCAAAUAUUUUACAAGUUUUCUUUUUAUAAUUAUCAAAAUUGUUGUUUGUGAUAUCUCUUUUUACCUACUGGUCCCUCCAUAGAGAGCUAGUGAAUAUAUAUAUAUAUAUAUAUAUACACACACAC